GAGCCGUCUGGUCGUGCUUCGUUACCUUGAGUUUCGGUACCUAAUUCUAGAGAUUAGACAAAGAUUCAAAUUGGAUGAACUUCCCUUUCCUAACUUUCCCGGUGUCUCCUCAACUUAAAUUGUCGACUUUUGGCAUAGAGUUUGUACUCACUUCUGUCCGUGUCUUGCGAAUGAAUCUGCGCACGGUUUUGGUUUCAUUUUGAACUUGGUCAGGCAGCUAGCUGUUGGCCUUUCUAUUGGAGAUUGACUUGAUGAGAACGCAGCCUUCUUGAGAACAGCAGACAUAUAUCUACUCACAAAACAACCAGUCUGCUUUUAGCAUGGAGCUCGCUAUCGCUGCAGCCGGCACUGCCGCAACAACCGCUGGACUGGCAUAUCUGGAUGCCAAGUUCCACGUGAGCAAGGAUCUCAAAUCAAUCUUUGCCCGUCGAAGACUGCUCAAGUACUUCGAAGAAGGAGUCAAGUCCAAGAAGUUGUCAGCGUACUACUUGUUUGAGGACGUCGUCAGACAAAAGCCCAAUGCAGAGGCAAUCUGGACUCGGGAGGGCUCCUUGACAUGGCAGCAGCUUUACGAUGGCACCAAUCGGUUCGCCCAGUGGUUCCUGGCCCAGGGAGUCAGACCCAAGGAUUUUGUUGCGCUCUUCAUGGGCAACUCCCCCGAAUUCAUCAUGGUGUGGCUGGCUCUGACUUCCAUCGGAGCGGCACCAGCCAUGAUAAAUCACAACCUGGCGUCGAAGCCGUUGCUGCACUGUUUGAAGAUCAGCACCGCCAAACUCAUCUUGGUAGAUGUCCCACCGCAAACUGAGAAGAGCAUCUCGGAUAUCCAAGAGGAUUUGAACACGGAGGGCUUUACGGUCUUGAGGCUCGAUGACUACCGUCAUCAUAUUGCAGGGCUGGAGCCCGCUCGACCUGGAGAGGAAUACCGAAAGGAUAUCAAGCCAGAUUGGGCCGCAGGCCUGUUUUACACAAGCGGCACGACAGGAAUGCCCAAAGCUUGCGUAUUACCAGUGGCUCCGGUGUACAUCAACGGUUGCACCACCAAAGCUGGAGUUAGUUACCUCAACAGCUCUGACAAGGAGGCCAACGCAAACAUACGGUUUUACGACUGCAUGCCUUACUAUCACGGCACUGGAGGCAUCACUAUGAUGAGUCAGAUCCUCGCCGGGACAACUAUAUGCGUUGCUCCCAAGUUCAGCGUUUCCAGGUUCUGGGAAGACGUUCGUGAGUCUCGCGCAAACGCCUUUGUGUACGUCGGCGAGACGUUGCGGUACUUGCUGGCACAGCCACCUUCGCCGCUUGACAAGGAGCACAACAUCAAGGUGAUCUACGGGAAUGGACUCAGGCCAGACGUCUGGAAGCGUUUCCGCGAUCGCUUCGGCAUCGAGUGCAUCCACGAGUUCUUCAACAGCACAGAAGGUGUUUUCCCGCUCGACAAUCACUGCAGGGGCGACUUCCUGGCCCACGCGGUGGGUCACCAUGGGGCUAUUCUGAGGUGGAAGUACCACCACCUAUACGUGCCGGUCGCAAUCGACACAGACACGGGUGACAUAGCCAGACACCCAAAGACGGGUUUCGCCUACCGCGUGCCUUACGACGAGGGUGGCGAGAUUCUCCUCCGCAUCCCAGGAGAGAGGACCUUCCCGGGGUACUUUAACAACCCCGAAGCCACUGACAAGAAAUUCGUACGCGACGUUUUUCAAAAGGGAGACACUUACUACCGAACCGGCGACGCCUUGCGCCGCGACAACGACGGCAGGUGGUACUUUAUGGACAGGCUUGGAGAUACCUUCCGCUGGAAGGGCGAGAACGUUUCCACCGCCGAGGUCGGCGAGGUGCUCGGCAACUUCCCGGGCGUCGUGGAGGCCAACGUCUACGGCGUGCAAUUGCCCAAUCACGACGGCAGGGCAGGCGCAGCGGCCAUCUACAUCGAGCCCGAAAAGAAGGCGUCCUUUGACACGGCGGCCUUCCUGGCGCACGCGAGGAAGCACCUCCCCAAGUACGCGGUCCCCAUCUUCCUGCGCCAUAUCGCAGUCAUCUCGGCUUCGCACAACAACAAGCAGAACAAGCAGCCGCUCAAGGCCGAGGGCGUGGAUCCAGACAAGGUCAAGGCUGGCGAUGAGAUAUGGUGGAUAGAGGACGGUGGUAAGGGGAACAGAUAUGUUCCUUUUACCCGGGAGGACUGGAACGCGCUUGGGGUGGGCAAGGCGAAGCUGUAGAUUGUGGAUGACGUGGGGACGCCAUCUGUGUUAAUGUAUUUGUUUUGGGGUUUAUACUGAUGCAGCUGUUUGUAGGUGUUUCGUUGAUUUUUGAGUAUGUAAAUAAGCAGAUGCAACUUGGCGUCACAAUCUCCAUUUCUUCAACAGUGGGAUGAG